CGGCAUCUCCAUCUCUCACCCCCUCACCACUUCUUCUCCCACCUUCGGCCGCCGUCGCGGCCAGACCAUCGUGGCGGCGCGCCUCUGGACUUCGCUGCUCCACCAGCACCUUCACCCACCAGCACCACAUCAUCCAGCCACCACUCCACUUCGUUGCCGCGCCUGGCGCGCCCGACCAGACGGGUGUCUGGUUCCCCGCGCCACCUGCUGCUGCUCUCUCCCUCUCCGCUGCUCCUCCCCUCGUCUCCACUUCCUCUGCUUCUCUUCUUCUUCUCCUAACCCUGCUAUUGCUCUUCUUCUUCUCUCAACGCUCCUGCUGCUCCUUCUACUUGCAUCCCCUUGCUGUUGUUGCCUCAACCUGCUGCUUCUUCUCCAAUCCCCACGCUGCUCCUAUUCCCUUUCCUUGCUGGUGUUCCUUUACUGAAGAAAACAACCUGCUGUUGUUCUUUACUUGUUGCUGACCCUGUACUUCUCUGAAUCCCGAACUGCUGCUUCUCUCACUCUUUUUCUUGCAAAAAGAUUGUACGACGCCUUGUUAGAAUUGGUGAAUUGUCCAGUAUUAAAGUGGUUUAGUAAUAUUCUGUUGAUCUGCGAGUACUAGUUUAGUGGCUUGUGUAAUUUCGUUUGUGUUAUCACUUGUGUAACCUGAACCUUGGUGUAGUACCUUGUGCCCAUAUGUGUGGCUAUGUGUGUACUGUAGUUCCUACGUCAACUAUGUUCAUGUGAAAAUAUAUAUGUUUGUGCUGUGAUAUAUAUUUGUCCCUGUCAUAUUAUCUUGUUUCUUUCCUUUGUUAGAUGUUUGAUAGUUAUAUAUCUGUCUUUGUCAUGUUAUUUUACUUUUGUUUUAGUCUCUAAUUUCUCCUUCCUAAUAAAAUAUCAAAAUAGAAAACUAGUACUCUCUCCUUACUGUUUGUCAUUUUUAUUUGUCACUGUCCUUGGUUAUUUUAGGUUUAUUUUCUGGCAUUCAUAAUCUGAAUUGUGUCACCUAGCUUUAGCCGAGCGUUGUUGCCGUCGCCUAGUCCCUGUGGAGAACACGACACUCGCAGUUUGGGCGUAAAAACCCCGCUGUACUUUAAUUGAUCAUUUUGGCGCCGUUGCCGGGGACUAUCGUCGAGCGAUUGUGAGAAUCUAUAGACUAGGCUUAGUAUAGUUUUUGUUUAAAUUUCCAGUCAAAUUUAUUUCUGUGUUUCUUUUCCCUUUUUACUUUUUGUUGCUUUGGCUUAUUAGGAUACUAACCCUCUCACCAAUGUUUGAUGUUUGUGAGCGUGUGUAGGAUAUCUUAUUAUUUGUAGGCUGAUUGACAGUUGCACUUGAACAUAUGGCUUUAGUACGUGGUCUUUGGUUGCCAAGUAGUUUGGACAUGAUGACAGGGCCAAUUUGGCCAUCUAUUGAGGCCGAAAAUUUUGAGUUGAGGCCUGGACUUAUUGCUCUCGUCUUGCAGAAUCAGUUUAGAGGAUUACUCAAUGAAGACCCUCAUGAGCACAUUAGUAAUGUUCUGGAGUAUGCUAAUACAGUCCAGUAUCAUGGCGUUUCCCAAGAUACUAUCAAGUGUAUGUUGUUCACAUUCUCUCUCAGAGAUGCUGCUAAGGACUGGUACUAUUCUUUGCCAUCAAGAUCAUACACUUGGGGUGAUAUUUCACAAGCUUUCCUGCAUAGAUAUUUUCCACUUUACAAGCAAGCUGCAAUUCGUGACCAGAUCCUCAGUUUUGCGCAAGAUGGUAGUGAGAGCUUGUAUGCAACUUGGGAGAGAUAUAAGUAUUUGCUUAGAAAAUGUCCUAAUCAUGGGCAAAAGGAUUGGUUAGUGCUUCAGAUAUUCUAUAGAGGGAUGACACAUGCUUCAAGAGAUCUUAUUGAUAUGUCAGCUGGUGGAACAAUCAUGAACAAGACCGUCGAGGGUGCAAUUAUUCUCAUUGAGAGCAUUGCCUUCCACCAAAUGCAAUGGGGUUAUGAAAGGCCUAGUUCAAAUCCGAAGGUUGCAAGCCUCGUGCAAUCAGAAGCUGUGUGUUCCAUAAGUGAACAGAAAUCAUCCAUGGUGCCUAAUAUUCAAAACCAACAUGUGUCAUUCCGGGGACAACAACAUUUUAGAACUGAAUUAGAUCCUCCAUAUAGAAAGAUUGAUCUUACUUCAAUUAUCCUUGAUGAUGAUUAUGAUAUUUUUCAAGAUGAUGAAACUACUGCAGAUCAGAUGGAAACCACAGUAGCAGAUCGAAUACCUUAUGGCAAUGAAACUGUCCAGAAUGAGUCAAAGUUGCAAGAAGAUGUUUAUGAGGAACCUACUCUGAUUGAUGCUAAGUUGAGACAGCAAGAUAUGGAGAAAUUCACUUGUGUUAGUCAACUAUGUGACUGGUGGAAUUUAGUCGUGUCACCAAUUGCCCACACUUGUGUUACAACUGUAUCUGGGAUAUUUGUCAAGAAGAAAUCUUUAGCUCCACCGGUGGUUGCCUCUAUCUCAGUUAAAGAGAGUAUCUCAGAGAAGAAUAGUGAAGAUGAGAUUCCAACUCCUGCACAUACAUCUAAGCAAGUCGGAGACAUUCCAAGGAGAGAGAUACAAGAGGUUGAGUCAAAUUUAGAAGAGUUGAUACUUCAAUAUCCUGAGAAGAUCCCACGUGUUGCUGAGCUGCAUGACUGGUGGAAGUCAUCAGUGUCAUUGUUGAAACUUAGCAGUGAUGGUGAUGAGGAGAAUAUUGCUCAGAAAGACAGCGAGGUAGUGAUCUCAGCACCCCUACCAGAUCAUGUUAGUGCAUAUUCUUAGAUGGGGACACUUCAGACUCAAUUAGGUGUUGCUGGUAUUAGCACCAUAGAAGAUCCAGAGGAAGAGAGAUCUCAACUAGAAGAAGAAAUACUCGAAGACGAGGAACAAGAUGAUCCAGAGCUCGAACAACCAAGUGAUCAAGUUGAAGAUUCAUCAUCUACUACUCCUGAAGAAGUAGAAGAAGCUGUUGUAGUUGAAGAUGAAGAACCAGAAAUUCAAUUGCCUAUCAUCAUACAAGAGUGUGAGAUUGCAGGUUCGAGGUGACAUUCCUUGGGACCCUGGUGGACUCAGAGCAUGGGGAUGAGGAGAAGCAAGGGGGCACACACGAGGAAGGGAGAAGCUGGAGCAGGCAUGAGGAUAGAGAAGCAAAAGGAGAGGAGCUGCAGUUGGUGAGGUGAUCGAGCGAGUGCUACUUCAUUAAGACCGGUGAGCUGUUUCAUGACCCAUUCUGAAUAUCAUAAAUACAUGCUGAAUUCAAUUGCUAGUUGGGUUGCUUGAGCCAGUUAUUACUUGUUGUCAAGCUGAAUUUCACCUUUGGCAUUGUGCUUGAUGUGAAUUUGUGAACUUGAUUUUUGAAUGCCUUGUAAACUAGUGAUCUACACCAUGCAUGCUUUGCUGAAAUUAGUGAGAACUACUACUUUGGAGUGCUCAAAUCCCUAGUACACUAGAAAACUUCGUCAUUUUCUGCAUUUACUAUGAUACACCUAGAUCACCAUGUUUAGAAGCUGAAUUUGUGCCAAGUGUGUUCCCAUUCAGAGCAAUCACCUAACCACUAUGGAUUAGCAUGCUAUGUUCCCUGGAUCGGUAGCAUGUGAACCAGACAUGGAGAAGUGAGUAUUCCUGUUUUUUGUGCUUAUGCAUUGUUCAUUUAAAAAAAGGUAUAUCUUAUAAUGAAUAAGUCUGGUCUACCUACAGUAGCACGUCAUGUUCUCGGGAUCGGUGGCAUGUGAAAUUUGGUAGCUUGGACAGUAAUAAAUAAAUAAUAAAAAUGUAAUUGUCAAACCAGGUGUAUACCAUGUUCUCGGGAUCGGUGGUAUGUUCCUUUGGGGGAGACAAACAAAAAAAAACCUAACAAUUGGUCGAGCCAGGUGUAUACCAUGUUCUCGGGAUCGGUGGUAUGCUCCUUUGGUGAGAUCGAAAAUAUAUUAUCAAGUGCGUUCCAAUUUCAAUAAGUGGUUCAACCACAAUGUUAUAUUUCCGCAAAUAAGUGAUUUAAUUCAAGCUCCUUUUGUUCUCAGGAUCAUGCUCUCUUUAGGAACCUUUUGGCACAGUCAACAUUUGAACUUGCUAAUCUUCGUUUAUCAUUGCAAAAGUUUAAAAUGGUCGAGAUUACUAGUGUCCUAUUGAUAUGUAGCACUCUUAACCAUUAAUUUUCACUAGGCAAGUCCAAAUCAUGCACUGUUUAGAGAUCUACUUCACUUGACAUUCUCUAGUCAGUUCACUGUUCAUGUUCUUGCUUUUGUCAUAUGCCUUUGCUUGAGGACAAGCAAAGAUUUAAGUGUGGGGGAACUUGAUAAGCACAUUUCAUAUAUAUAAUUUUGGCACACAAACACACAAUUUAUUGUGAUCCGACGAUCCAUUCUUGCUGUGAACUAUGAUAUAUUUGAAUGAAAAUCAUAUAAAAGAUCAUUUACUCGUCAUUUGAUUAUUUUGCAGAAAAGUGCGCAAAGGCACUAUAAUCUCCAAGAUUCGGACGAAUUGGCCAUUGAGAAGAGAGAAGGGCAGGAAAGAGGUGAAGAAAGGGACCUGAGCAUGAAGGAAAGAAGAAACCGGGGGCCAAAACUAAAGAUGGAGGGGAGCGACUUGGGAAGAAAGAAGGAAAGGAGGAGGGCCAAAUUGCAAUAUGGGCUGAUCAACCGUGGGGUCAAAAUCCCUAGAUGCCUUCAUCCCCAAAGGAGCCCGGCAUCUCCAUCUCUCUCCCCCUCACCACUUCUUCUCCCACCUUCGGCCGCCAUCGCGGCCAGGCCAUCGUGGCGGCGCGCCUCCGGACUUUGCUGCUCCACCAGCACCUUCACCCACCAGCACCACAUCAUCCAGCCACCACUCCACUUCGUCGCCGCGCCUGGCGCGCCCGACCAGACACGUGUCUGGUUCCCCGCGCCACCUGUUGCUGCUCUCUCCCUCUCCGCUGCUCCUCCCCUCGUCUCCACUUCCUCUGCUUCUCUUCUUCUUCUCCUAACCCUGCUAUUGCUCUUCUUCUUCUCUCAAUGCUCCUGCUGCUCCUUCUACUUGCAUCCCCUUGCUGUUGUUGCCUCAACCUGCCGCUUCUUCUCCAAUCCCCACGCUGCUCCUAUUCCCUUUCCUUGCUGGUGUUCCUUUACUGAAGAAAACAACCUACCGUUGUUCUUUACUUGUUGCUGACCUGUACUUCUCUGAAUCCCGAACUGCUGCUUCUCUCACUCUUUUUCUUGCAAAAAAAUUGUACGAUGCCUUGUUAGAAUUGGUGAAUUGUCCAGUAUUAAAGUGGUUUAGUAAUAUUCUGUUGAUCUGCAAGUACUAGUUUAGUGGCUUGUGUAAUUUCGUUUGUGUUGUCACUUGUGUAACCUGAACCUUGGUGUAGUACCUUGUGCCCAUAUGUGUGGCUAUGUGUGUACUGUAGUUCCUAUGUCAACUAUGUUCAUGUGAAAAUAUAUAUGUUUGUGCUGUGAUA